AUGGCUCAAGAAGGUCGAAACAUCAUCGACGAGCAAGUUGUUGUUGGAGAGGAAAAAGGUUGUGUGAGAGUGGCAACUCUCAACCGCCCUCGUCAGCUAAAUGUCAUCUCUUCAGAAGUGGUCCUCAAGCUUGCACAAUAUCUCGAAACGUGGGAGAAGGAUGACAAAACAAAGCUUAUACUGAUCAAGGGUGCAGGGAGAGCUUUCUCUGCCGGUGGUGAUCUCAAGAUGUUUUAUGAUGGUCGCGAAUCAAAGGAUUCAUGCGUUGAGGUUGUUUACCGAAUGUAUUGGCUUUGCUAUCAUAUUCACACAUACAAGAAAACACAGGUUUCUCUUGUUAACGGUAUAUCGAUGGGUGGAGGUGCUUCGUUGAAGGUCCCAAUGAAGUUCUCUGUUGUGACUGAGAAAACUGUUUUUGCAACGCCAGAAGCAAGUAUUGGGUUUCACACUGAUUGUGGAUUCUCUUACAUUCAUUCACGUCUUCCUGGUCAUUUAGGAGAAUUCUUGGCUUUAACUGGGGCAAGAUUGAACGGCAAAGAACUUGUAGCAACUGGAAUGGCAACACAUUUUGUACCUUCUGCUAAACUGGCUGAUCUGGAGGCACGGCUUGUGAAUUUAGACUCAGGAGACGCAGAGGUAGUCCGAUCCACAAUUGAAGAGUUCUCCGAGAAAAUCAACCUCAACGAAGACAGCAUUCUCAACAACAAGCAGUCAAUAAUCAACGAGUGUUUCUCAAAAGAAAGUGUGAAGCAGAUCAUACAAGCAUUCGAAGCUGAAGGUAGCAAAGAAGGAAAUGAGUGGAUAGCUCCAGUCAUCAAAGGAUUAAAACGAUCCUCACCCACAGGGUUGAACAUAACCCUACACUCGAUCCGUGAAGGUAGAAAACAAACGCUAAGUGAUUGCCUCAAGAAGGAGUUUCGGCUCACUGUGAAUAUCUUGAGGAACACCAUAUCCCCUGACGUGUAUGAGGGUAUAAGAGCUCUGACCAUAGACAAAGACAAUUCUCCAAAGUGGAAUCCAGCGACGUUAGAUGAGGUUGAUGACGAGAAAAUCAACCUGGUGUUUAAGCCCUUAGAGGAUGAUAUUGAGCUUCACAUCCCUGAAACUGAAGAAAACAGGUGGGGAAGCAAAUACGAGACUUCAGGUUGUGCAUCACUACGAGGAUAG